AUGAUUAAAAAACCAAGUUCCCAAUGGAAUGAGUUUUGCGAUAGACUCUCCAAUAUUAAGAAGAAGUCUAAUAGAGAAGUUCUUUGAACUGAAUGUUGGAUGCUUCUCAAUUAUGAGCAAAAAACCAAGCACAGAAGCAAGUUUCCUCAUCAUCAAGAGGGAGUCCUGACUUCAACUCAGUUCGCAAGUGAACUCCAAUUCUACCAUAUUGCUCUUGCAAAUCACAAAGUCAUUAAGAAAGAGAACGGAGUUGAGUUGAUUGUCCAGCCAUUAUUCUAUGAUGCUGUUCUUGAUGGAGGACAUGUUAAUAUGAUGGAAGACUUGUGCAGAGAGAUGCACUCAGCUCCUCGUUCUCUCUUAAAAAGUCACGUGACCAAUAAUUUUGGACCAUUUGCUGAAAAAUGUUCACUAAAAAAUUGAUCCAGUUGCUUAGAAUUAGAAUCAAACUGUCGCUGUUUGCCAAAAAUGAACAAGAUGCAGAGCAUUGAUGCUUAUCUUGACAAAAUGAUGGCUGAAAUGAGCCAAUUUGAAAGUAAAGCUUAUAGUCAACUUUACUGAACAUUAAACCAAGAUGUUCCAUAUUUUCAGCCAAUGUAUCCUCAAAGCCAAAUGCCUUUAUUUGAGGUAGAAGUGAUUGAUAUCCCUGAGAACAGUGAGCCUUACAAUUAUGAUUAUGUUCAUUCUACUGAAUGUAGUCGGAUGCAAAGUGAACCAAAUUCCCAUUGCUGUAUUCUAUCUCAAGGAAGAAAGAGAAAUUCAUUUCAACUGAUGUCUCCCUAUCCUACUACUCCGAGUUUCAAAGAUUACCAGAGGAAUAAUUACGGUUCUUCUCACCAGAGUCAAUGCUUCCCUGAACCACUGUGCAAGUUGUCAAGUUUGAACUCACUGGCUUCCAGCCUAGGCAACUUUUAACAGUUAUUUUUCAUAAGAAUUAUUCUAAAAAUUUGUCGACAAUUUUAUGGUUCAUGGUAACGAUACUAUUAUUUUUCUUACUUUUCUAAUAUUUAUUUGCAUAAUUUUUAAAGAAACACAGGGAUGAAACCAAAGUUUAAAGAUCCUGACAAUAUGGACUUGGCUAGCAUAGGAGGAUUAUUAUUUUGACCUUCUACUUAUUAAGACAGCAGGC